AGGGGGUGUAAACGGGUUAAACGUAGUAAGCACAAGUUUCCAAAUAUUCUACCUAUGCGACAUCCAGGUUGAUUUUAGCAAAUUUGUUUUAUUAUAAAAAGAAACGAAGCAGAUUUGAAGUUACCGAAAAAAAGAACAUUCAGAAAGAAACGAUCUAAGGUGCGCGCAAUUCAAAAAUCGAAUACUAUCUCAGUUUUUGGUCGAAAGCUACGUAAUCAGAUACUCCUGGCUGCGCUGAUUCCAAAUAGCACCUUUUUAUUCGAAUUCGAUCAAGUUUUGAGGGAGAAAUUCUCAAAAUACUAAGAGCACCGAGAAAACAAAAAAUUUGCAUCACUCUGAGAAACCUUGAGAUUUUGCCCCCUUCUGUUCACUGUAAUUUUUCGAAUUUGAUAUAUUCGGAUUCCCCAUCAAAAACUGAGUCUACAAAAGGGCAAAACACUUGUGUUGCACAAUUUUGACAAGAGUCAGCACUCGACAAAAUGAACUGCCUCUCUCGCAAACCCAUCUCCUCCCUGGUUUUGAAACUUUUCUCCAAUCGUCGUACACCAUUCGAAUCACCAUUUGAAGGUGAACAGAAGUACGUAUCGCUUUUUUCCAAAAAAUUUUCUCUCAUGCAGAUAUAGACUAGUCCAAUCUUAGAUUCGCCUAACUAUUCCAGUUCAAUCUUUGAAUGGACGUAUGCUCUAUGCUUUAUCUGAGAAUGGGCUGAAUAAAUGUCUGUCUAAUGUCGGACGUAGUAUGGACGCGUCCAAUCUCGGAUGCGAUACUGGCCUAGGCCAACCUGGGAUUGGACGUAAUCUCAGUUUGAACGCUGAUAUAUAUAUAAAAGAUAUAGUUUUGUCACAUUACAAUUUUAUCUAACGAAGUCUUCAUCGAAGUCUAAACUGUUACAAAUAGUUUCAUAAAUUAUAAAUAAAUCAUAGGAAGAGUAAAUUUAAACUUAAGAUUACGUUUAGGUGUAACACUUGAUGAUUAAUCACUGUUUUGAUCAUGUCUCUGUCGUUUUCAGUUUCUGCUUUUCUCUAUAUUACUGGGUAUCAAUUUUUUUGAUCACCAAAUUUGUUAGCAGUGAAUGGUUUUUUUUUAACAUUAGUAAUAAGUUUAUUUGUUCCAAAAGAGUAAACAAUUGUGUGAAAACAAAACGAGUCGAUUUUAUAAUCCACAGAUUAAAAAACAAAAAAAAGAAAAAGAUUAAUUUUACUAGUGAUAAUACAUAACUAGACCGUGUUAAAAUUCUUUAACUAUCUUAGCUAUUUUAUUGAGCAUCGAGAGGUUUAUGGGCGUUGAAGAAAGCAUUUAUACGCAAAAAUCUCUAGCAUUUGUGUAUUUCUUCUAAAGUAUCUAUAUUGUUUGCUUUGAAUAUUCUCGAAAAUUAUCCAGUCCGUGUGACUAUGCCUUGCAUUAAUACCCAUACGGUUUAAGAAUUUGCUAUUUUUCCUAAAACCAAGAUUUUUAUACCAUUCCUUUUGGUGAGACGUUACCGCCAGAAAAGUACACCGUGUGUGUUGGUAUCGGGUUGCUUCUGGGGCUUUCUUUAGAUGUUUAGUAAAUCUUUUCCAGUACUUAAAAAUAUAAUCUCUUAACGAACAAUCUCUACUCAACACCAGUGUAGUUAAGUCAUCCCAUCCAUGUAAAUCGUAGAUGAUUCGUAAACCGAUUGCGUAGACAUGUUCUAUGAGGUCGUGUUGUUUUUCUGUGAAAAAGAACCAGGUAAUGAAUACCCAAAUAAAAUGUGAAAGGCGAAAACAAGGAAAAUUAUAUGUACAUAUACUGUAUGUAUAUGUGCACGUGUUAGUGUUAGUUUUACUUUACUAUACUCGUUGAAUUUACGUAUUUUAAAAAAUUUAAAGAAAUUCAACUUAAUUAUAAAAGUCAAAUUUUUUUCAAUAUAUUGGAAGGAAACAUGAUCUCAACCGAAUAUAAUUCGCAGCAACAAAGAGAAGACACAGUCAAUGGAGUAUUUAUACGAUGAUCAAUUGACCAUUAUAAUGAACAACAAAAAAGUAACGCAAAUUUAUCUCCACAAACUACUAGUUCCGCUUUCAAACGGACGCUAACAAAUGGCAGUUAUUAUGAAGAGGAAAUAAAUGACUGUUCAAGUGGCGGAUAGACAGUGGUACGUAACAGAGGAAAAACUCGACGAUACAACGAACCGGCUGAAAGCCACGAGAAAUUAGUUUUUGAUGAAAGAAAAAAUACAAAUAACGAGCAAAAUGGCAAUCGACAACAUAAUUCUAGAACAUUCAAUAACUCAAAUGUGGAAAAUAUUGUCCCCAUAAACAGACAAAAAAAUCAGAUAAAUCAGCAUCGAAGAGGGAAUAGUCAAGAUUCAAUUAAGAUAAUAAAUGAUAAUAACGGGGAAAUUUUCAUAUCAAAGCAGGUAUUGUAUUACGCAGCUGACAUGCAUUUACCAGCAUUUCGUCUCGAGUAUGAACCAAAAAUCAAUAGUACAGAUGACGGACAUAAAUAAAUUCAAUUAUUCAUCAAACAUUUUCGAGCUGAUUUUUCAUUAUUGAAUCCUCUUAAUUCAGCACCUUUAGCUUUUGAUAGUUGGUGGAUUGAUCGAAAUGAUGAUCUAUUAUGCUUAACAAAAAAUGUAGACUUAUUCGUUUAUUUAUGCAAUAAAAACCGUUAUCAAACAAAUUUAAAUAAUAUAACUAUCAUUCCUCAUCUACCAUCGAGAUUGCCAGUUCAAUAUUUGAUUCUAUUAAAAUUCAUCAACAAUCAAAUAUUAAUUAACGACAUUAAAAGUGAACUCGAGGAGAAAUAUAGAUCCAUCUAUAGAGAUUAAUGGAGGAAAAUGAACUAUAGUAGACAUUUGAGAAUGGAUGUCCUAUCAAAAAACGAGUACGACGAGGUUUUAAAUAGCAGAAAGAUCUGUCUGCAAGGUCAACUGCUUGACGCUACAGAAUAUCUUCAAGCAUCAUGUCUUCUCAUAUGCUCAAGGUGUAAUGUUCCUGGGCACACUAGAAAGAACUGUAAUGGCAACAUUGCGGCGAUAAUCAUUUGGGAACGGACUAUAAAUGCCCAUUUAUUGCUGAGUACCGUAAACGACUAGUUGUCAACAUUAGAAAAUUUGGUGCUUGCUCCGCGCUGAAUCAAAUUGGAUAAAAAUUCCACGCCAAAUGCAAAAUUUGUCGGCGAAUCCGACAGCGGGUUCUUUAUAAUUACAUCUUCACUUCUUUUUUGGCGUCGACAUAAUCAACGUGUUUUUUGCCUAAAUUUUAUUUUUCUCAUUGGCGGUCGUUCUAAUCUUCGUUUCAACGGAGCGUCGAGAAAAAGGAGAAAAAUUAAAAUAUUUAAUGAAUACUAAAACAUAUGAACAACAAACAAAACUAAUGCAGAGCCGAAACGACCCGAAUACAUGGCCAUUGUUACCGUCAACAACAGCCGUUGCGAAUCAAUAUUGGACUAAUAAUUCAACAGCGAAAUCAUUUCAAAAUGAAUCUAACCAAGUUAAAAAAGGUUGUACUCGUGAAAUGAAUGAAAUAAACAAGAAAUUUGAUGACUUUCUUCAAAAAUGUCAACAAGAACUAAAAACAAUUGAACAACAAAUACAAAUACAAAGAGAAAUGUUAAAAAUUGUGUGUAAUGCUGUGAUGAAACAGUUACUUCCAACAUGCAUCCAUUCAACUCAAGUAGUGUUAAUGUUGGUGUCAAAAAUACUAGAAAAAGAAGAAGACAUCAACAUCAAAGCUGGCUAUGGUAAAACGAUUGAAAAUCUAAAAGUGAAUGCUGAUCUUUUAAGUCAACAAUUACUAUUUUUUACAACGUACUAUACUAAAUUAGACAAUAUUGGGGAGAAACAAAGUAAUGGGUUAAAUUUUGGUAUCAAUUCAUUAAUAUCAAUGGAAAAUGAAAAAUGA